AUGAAAGAUGAAAUUGCUGCCACAGUCUUCUUCAUUACAAGGCUAGUGAAAAGGGAAGACAAGCUGAGCAAGCAUAAAAUGGAAGAAUUUGCAGCUAGGCUGACAACAAUACUGUUUGAGAAGUAUAAGAAUCACUGGUACUUGGACAAUCCAUCUAGAGGACAAGCUUUCAGGUGUAUAAGGAUAAACAAACAUCAGACAAGAGAUCCACUACUGGAGCAAGCCUGUGUGGAGAGUCGUGUGGACUUCAAUAAGCUUGGUUUGCCAAAAGAGAUGACACUGUGGGUUGACCCAUUUGAGGUGUGUUGCAGGUAUGGGGAGAAGAACAGGCCCUUCACAAUUGCCCACUUUGAAGGGGAGGAGAACCCAGAGCUUCCUCAGCAGAUCAGCUCUGCUGUUGACAGAGCAGCUCUAGACUAUCAUUCGGGUGUUUCCUCGGAUGAGGAGAGCUUCAGCAAGGAGCCAAAAGCUAUCCCCACUGUCAGCAAUCCUAACAGUGUCUACCAGUUCAGUGACUACUGCAAGACACCCAUUCAGCCGUGGUCUCAGUAUCUUCAUAGGAAGACAUAUAUGUCUGAUGGCUCCUACUAUGCCCAGCACAGGGGUUACAAAGUCUGCAGGCCAACAGCUGGGUUCACAGGACCGCGUGUUGACAGAUACCACUGGAUCAACACCAAGCGGUAG